UAAAAGCCUGAACUCUCCACUCUCUUCUCAUUGGUCAUCUUUUGUCGCGCUUGUUCUUACGCCUUCGCCGAUUGGUGGCUUUCCAAUUCGCUCGCCAUCUCCCCGCCCUCGACGCCACGGGAGGGGCGUGUUCUGAAGGCGAACUUGGUGACGUCCCCACCGGACCGGCCAUGAUGCCAUGAUGGCGACGAAACGGGGCGGCGGCGGCGGCGGCGGCGGUCCUGGCUCGGCCUCCGCCGGGGCGGCGGAUUACUCCUUGCUGGUUGUGGUCGGGGCGGUCGGGGCGCGGCGGGACGGGGACCAUCUCGAGCGGCUGUUGCUGCAGAUCGAGUCGGGUGUGCGCUGCUGGCGUGUCCCAAUUCCGUUGGACGUUCUGGACCAGCAGCUCAAGCUGUUCGUGUCCCGACACUCGGCCUUCCUGUCGGAGGUGAUUCCCGGUCAGCGAACGUUGCAGCACCGCGGAGACAUUCUGGAUGCGCAAGUGGUGUUGAAUCCAGCUCACGAUCUGGUGUGCUCAGAGGUGCGGCGGCUGCUGUGCGAGCCAUCUCGACACAAAUUGUUGGUCCUGGCCGGGCAGUGCGUGGAGGGCAGCGGCGACGUGGUGCUGCAGAAAGGCCUCUUCUCCCUCGGCGACUUGAUCCAGAUCUGUUCCGACGAAGAGGUCGGCCUCUCGUGGAGCUCGGCGGAUCCGACGGCGAGGGCGAGCCUGACCCUCAGCUGUCCGAAGGCGGGCCUUUGGCGAGACCCCCCGUUGAAGGAGCACCGCCUGCAAGACUUCCUAAGCGUCCGGGUCAACCCUCCCCCGCUCCUCCCCCAGAUGGAGGGCCUGCAAGAGUUCACGGAGUACCUUUCCGAGUCUUUGGAGCCGGAGUGCCCCUUUGAGCUCCUGGAGCCCCCGAAUAGCGCCGGCUUCCUGAAACUGUCCCGGCCCUGCUGCUACAUCUUCCCCGGCGGCAGGGGGGACUCCGCCUUCUUUGCCGUCAACGGCUUCAACGUGCUGGUCGACGGAGGCUCCGACCCCCGCGCCUGCUUCUGGAAACUGGUCCGACAUCUGGACAGAAUCGACUGCGUCCUCGCGACGCACGUCGGCGUGGACAAUCUCCCCGGGCUCAACAGCCUGCUGCUGAGAAAAGUAGCCGAGCGGGACCGGGACUUGGCCGGGGGGCGGGCCGCGGGGGACUGGGUGAAAAAGCUCAUCUCCCCGGAGAUCGGCGUGUUUUUCCUCAACGCUCCGGAACGGCUGAAGGCCGCGCGGGCGGACCCCGCCGAGCUCCGCAGCGCCGACCAGGGCGCGCUGAUCUUGGAGCGCUUGGAAAAACUCUCUCUCAAAGCGCGGCCUCUGUCUCGCUGCGACGGGCCCUCCGUCGAGCCGCUGGUCCUGUUCCACAAGAUGGGAGUCGGCCGUCUGGAGUUGUACCCCCUGAACCCGGUGAGCGGCAGCCGAGACUUGGAAGAGUUGUUGCGGACGGCGCCCCCAAGCGGCGGCGCCCCCCCCGAGGGCUCGGCGCUUCCGUUGGCGUGCCUCACGUCCAUCUGCGCUCUGCUGGUCUGGCACCCUUCCAGCGACCGGGAGAAGAUCGUCCGAGUCCUUUUCCCGGGAUGCGCGCCGCAGGCCAAAAUCCUGGACGGGCUCCAAAGACUCCAACGAUUGGACUUCCUCGGCGUUCCCGUGGUCCGUUCCCAGGACCUGGAAAGACCCCGAGCGGAGAAGAGAGCCGAGAGCCGCGAAAGCCCGAAGUCCCGAGAGCCGCGGGUCGCCGCCGCCUUCCGCAAGGACAACGGCGGGCGACUUCCCGUCAAGAAACGGGAGGCCCAACUGAAGCCCGAGGCGGCGGCGGCGGAGGCUUCGUCCAAAGAAAAAGAGCACGAGGCCAAGUCCAAGCCGGGCAAGCCCGCCGAGAAACUCCAGACCAAGAAGGAAGCCAAAAGGAAAGAUGAAAGUCUCAUCGGGGCCGUCGCGAAGAAGGAAGAAGGCGAAGGUCUGAGGAGAGACGCGACCAAAGCAAAGAGAGAAAACAAAGCCCAAGCUCAAAAAGACAUCAAGAGGGCGGCGGCGCCCCUCGCCAAAGAUGCGAAGAAAGCGGGCGCGGCUUCGAGUUGCCAAGUGAAAAAAUCUUCAGUCCGGAGCCUCAAGGCGGGCGCGUCGGCCGGAGCCGCGAAAGCCGACCCCCCCGAGCGGGACGCCGACGGCGAGUGCCUCCGAAAGACGCGGGAGCUUCCCCAUUGCGACGGCGCCCGGCAAAACCCCGACGCCAGCGAAGCCGGCCGGCGCGCCCUCGCUCCUCCGGACUCGUCCCGCGGGCCUCGGGGGGGCGCGUCCUCACAAGAGCGGCGAGCCCAACGGCCUCCCCGUCCGGACUCAAACGGCUGCGACCGGGAAGCCCCGUCCACGACUCCCGCCGCCGAAGGUUCCUUCGCUUCUCGGGACGAGCGCCGCCCUCAUAUGAUCACAAAGGUUCCGUACUCCGAGGCCCGUCCGCUCCUUCGCUCCGCCGAAGACGAGGAUGCCCUUUCGGCGUCCUCGGAGCAAAUCCCGCCACCGCCGCCGACGGACCCGCCCGCGGAAAUGCGCUCCAACGGACAUUUGGCCCGCUCGCGGCAGGAUUUCAACGGUCACCUUGCGGCGGGAUCGGAGGAAGGCGCGUCCGACCGUCCUCACGACGUCGAUGUCGGAGUCCCUCACGGCGUGGAUCUGUGCUUGGUUUGGCCCUGCGAGUUCCGGCACCAAAAGACGGAACCGCGCGAGGACCUGCGGCCGUUUGUCCUUUCCGAUCCGUCCUGCCGGGAAACCCCGCCCACGUCGGUCAGCGACUCCCGCCUCUCGGACGUCCCGCCCGCCGCAGAGGAGUUUCCUUCCUCGGCCCCGGAUCCGAGAGGCGACGACUCCGGCGGUCCCCCCGAUCCCGGCGCGACCCGCUCCGUCAUUCCCGACCCGCCGGCGGCCCCCGUCAAGGACUCGCCCCCGUUACCUCCCCAAGCGGAAGCUUGCGUGGCGGACGUCGACGUCUCGGGCAAGAGCCCGAAGACUUUUGUCAGCAAGACCAAAAAAGCGGCCGCCGCAACCUUGCCGAGGGGCCCUUCCGCGAGCGCCAAUGUCCACACGGUCAAGUCCAAGGUCGGCGGCGCCGCCGGACCGAAAUGGGCCGGCGCCCUCGACGCAAAAGGGUCCAACCGGGUGUCGCCGGGCGGAUCCCGAAGCGCAGGUGCCAAACCCUCGACGUCAGCGCCCGCAACUCGCUCGGCUCCGGCGGUCCACGUGGACCUGGCCUACCUGCCGUCCGGGGCCGCCUCGUCCACCGUCGACGCGGACUUUUUCCGCCGCCUUCGCUCUUCCUACUACGUGGUGAGCGGCGAGGACCGCGCGAAGACGGCGGCCGUGAGGAGGAUCCUGGACGCGCUGCUGGACGGGAAGAGUGGCUGGCCCGAGGCGCAGGUGACGCUCAUCCCGACGUUCGAUUCCGCGGCCAUGCACGAGUGGUACCAAGACACCCACGAGCGGCAGAAGCAACUGUCGGUCACGGUGUUGGGGAGCAACAGCACCGUGGCCAUGCAGGAAGAAACCUUCCCCGCUUGCAAGGUGGAGUUUUGAGUCGGCCCCGCCCUGCCCCGUUCAACGGGACGGGCUCACGGCUCGCCGCGCUUCAGGACACACUUUUGCAAUCUUGCGCGAGCCUUCGGAUCGGCCGUUCGGAGCGCGCUCGGGCCAUCGCUUUGGUGUCCCCGGACGGGGAGCUUCGUGCUUGCGGUCUCCAGAAUCGUCCGUGGGGUUUUCUGACAACGAAGCGGCUUCCGGUUUCGCUCAAGUCGGCGGCGUUAAGUCGGGCCGGGCCUGCCGGAGGUCCGCGUCGGGACCCGUUCGCUCGUGGCGGCGUCGCGUGAACGAAGCCUCCCGUCUCCUCGGGUUUCCGUCGCAUCGCUUUGUGGGAUGAGCUCAAAACGGGGCCCGCGGACGGGAAAGGGCAUUUGUUCGUGUCACCCGCACCCCAAAAGCUUCGAGCGCCGGUGAGGGGGCCGAAUCAUCCGGAUGUUAGCGUGAAGCUCCCGUCCGGCGCGGGGAACCUUGAAACUCCUUCUCGCUGGGAUGAUUCAAAGACGUGCCGACGCUCCGCUCGGCGCGCGCCUCCCGGGCGCUCCCGCGGCCGCCGUCCCUUCUCAUUGCGCCGUUUCGCACCAAGACGACAGUCAAGCCGGGCGACAAAGAAAAGAAAAGCCGGAGCGCCGACCGUCCUUUCAAUGUAUUUAUUUAUUUAUUUUCCUCCUUUGCCGUCUCUCCGUUCUGCAUUUCAAACACUUUGGUCCAAAUGCCUUCACAUUUGCCACGAGUCACUGAAAUACUUGGCACCACUGCUGC